AUGAGUCAUAAACUGGACCCUUUCAUAAGUUUUUGGGAUAUGGAUUCAGAUGCAGGAGAUCCUAAUCAAUACAGUGCUCCGUGGUAUUACCUUAGCACUAACUGCAUUGGUUCUCAACAAGAGCUUUGUGAAGAGAUGAGAUAUCUUCGUGAAACAUACCAUCGUGCCUUGGACAUGUUUGAUCGUUUGCUGAUGUUCUGGGAUGUCUAUCUUACACAUCAGGACGAGAUAAUUUUUCUGGGCAUUUUUGUCACCUUUAUAGCUUCUAAAAUAGAAGAAGGACGAAAAAACGAAUGGAAUAAAGUGAUGAAUUUUAUUAGAAUCCAUGCAGUACCUAUUUACGCUGAAGCACAGAAUCUUAUCUGUUUAGAACUUGGCAUUAUGCAAGCUUUAGGAUGGAUGUUGAGAUCUGUAACAGCUUUAGAUUGGGCAAAGAUAUUUAUGCAUACGUUACAAACUUAUCACAUCUAUAAACGAAGGAUAAACGUGGAAGUAGCGUGCAGAACAACACCAACAAAAACUUGUAGGAAAUAUGAAGGCUACGGUGACAAUGAUGAAGUAAAGUGGUAUACGUGGCAGAAAUUAGACAACUUAUUCCUCUAUGAACCAUACGAUUUAGCACAAUCAAUGCCCAGACUUGCUGUUGCGCAUGUAAGAUUUCAAACAUAUGUUUUUCGUGUACUGAUUUUCGCAAUCAUUAUUGAGAUUUUGGAUCUUUCUACCGCGGAUUAUGAGAGGUUUAAGUUCACAAAUCGUGAGCUUGGAGCAGCCACAGUUAAAUGGGUAUUUGGACUGGAUGAUAGUUUAACUCAGACACUUACAGGCUUGACAAGAAAGCAGUUGCUUCCAGCGUUUAAAUUUAUUGACUUCUAUGCAGGAAUAAGCUCAAGGUAUGCACUCAGUAGAGGUGUAAUGUUAGCACACAAUAAACUUGUAGAUCCACUAGAAACUUCAGAUGAAUCGAGUGGUGAAGACAUAGAUGUAGUGGAAAGUGAACAAAAUUUAGAUCUAAGUGAAGAUACGCCUGAAGAAAUGCCGCAUAUUACUAGGAGGUUGCUGGAUUGGGUAAUAUAUCCAGCAAUGCCACCAUCUCCAAAAAGUCCACAAAAAAUAACACUUAGACAAGCAUUAUUGGAGCAGAAAAAAUUACUGAAAACAAAAAGAAAAUGGAAGAGGUAUUCAAAAUUAUUUUUGCCUAAUAAUGAAGUAGCGAUUCUGGUGAUAGAUAUUCAUGCUAAUUGCUCUAAUCUGCUCUAUCUUAUUAGCAAGAAAGUUAAUAUACCUGAACAGGAAAGAUUAACAAUCUUAGACACAGAAAUUGUUAACAAGGAUUGCACUAACAAUGACACAGCACAUGAAGCUGAAACCGAAACAGAAUCAGAAUUAGCAGACAAGAGACGUUAUGACUGGGAAUUAAUGCUUCGAAAGAAGAUUAAUUCCGAAGAAGACACGGUAAUAUUUUUAGGAGAGUCUCUCGGUCAAGCCUACAACAAUAUACUUAUCCAUAAUGAUAUAAUCAAAGGCACUCAUAACCGACGAGUAUCUAGAUCUCGAAUAGUGGUUCCACCACAUCCCAUUGAACGCAAUGAAAAAAAACUCUUACAAUACAGAAUACAGCAUCACCCUCUUACGGAAGCUGCUUUUAACAGUAUCAGACUGAUUACCGAAAGCUACAAAUAUCACAGAAGUAUUCAAGCAAGUACACAAUCAUUCUCAGAAGCACUCUCACACGAGCAUAAACGUCGACAACAAUGUGAAUUACCAAAACGAUCAAAAUCCUGCGGCGAGCUUGGCUUAUGCUAA